CUCCACCUCAGCCAAAGCCAGCUGGAUUCACUGGAGAUCAUGGUGACUGUGGGGAACAAAGUGCAGGAGACAUCAUGUGCAUGGUUUAAUGCCAUGUUUGGUGGAGUGGCAGCAGACGAGAGUGGAGAGUGCUCUGACACACACAUGACCUCCUUCUGUCUCAGAGUUCAAAUAGUCAACACCUACCUGGACAUCUACCACAGCUAGCUGGACAAACACUAUAAUUAUUAUAUACUACAAACAGAUAUC